AGUGAGCACAACUAUGCCUGCGAGAUCUGGUUUACCGCCAUCAUCACAGGCCGGAGUGCCAAUUCCGAGCUCUCAAAUGGCUGGAACGCCAGAACCAGCAAGAAAACUCAAGAAGUAUCGACCAGUCAAGCCAUUGUCAUAUGAGCUUCGAGAUAUCAUCAAUGUCUAUAUUGAAGAACAGCUNUUGUACGUCUCACAAGCUCUUCCUCUACUCUUAAACACACUCAUCGCAGGCACUGACGGCACUGUCGAUGGCCGAACUCUCCCAACUUAUGUUCCAUCACCUCAGGUACUAGCAAUUAUCGCUACUCUAGCUGUGCAUCCGCUCUGGACCAACCGAGCUACAGAACCGGAGAAGAUUAAGACAGCCAACGAUGCACUUGUAUUCCUCAAGCACGUCAAUUCUAUAGUCGGUGCUGCAAGCGCCCGCUUCACCUCAGCUUUUAGGUUCCUGGACAAAUUUGAUUCUCGGGACAGACGACGACGCACUGGAGAUCUCACUCCUGGUACAGAAGAUGACGGCAAGUUCUCAAUCAAAAUGGCCGACAAGAGUGCACUCUGGAAUCUCGCCGAAGACUUUUGGGCCAUGGUUGGCUGGGCCUUCAACUGUUCAUGUCAGCACCCCAAGCGAUGGGAAAGAUGGAGACCCUGGCUUGGAUUUAUGCUUGAUGCAAUGGAAGACGAUCUGCGAGAAAGGAUCUCUGCCGCCGAACCCCUCAAGGAUGAUGGCAAAGAAGCAGCAGCCAACACACUCCUUUCAGACAGUAUGAUCGCACAGUACUGUCUAACUGCAGGUGACGGUAGAGCCGGCAAACGAAGAGUCAUGAGAGCAAUUCUCGCCAACGGUAGCAAGAAGGAUUCAGACGAGUUUCAUGAAAUCUGGAAGAACGAGACCAAACCUCCGAUACAGAAGACAGUGGAAGAGUUGAUGCCGAGGAAAAAGAUCGACAUUGAUCAGGAGGAGUACGGUGACUACAUGGACGUGGACGAUUCAGAAGAGGAAGAAGACUUGACCUCGACCCCUAAAGCAUCAACUUUGGCGCGUUCGUCGCGUAAGAGAGGACGACCUUCUUCAGCCACACCAGAUCCGGAGGUAGAGAGUGAGCGUAGCGUAUCUUCAGAUUAUGGUGGCUAUGAAGCCGUGCACCUGCGCCAGCGCUUGAUCGCUUUGCUCACACAAAUCUCCUCCCACUACGAACACGCCUUCAUGGAAGCCGAAGACUGCUUCGAUCUAGUGACAGAGUUCCUCCGCCCUCUACCAUUAGACACCUUUAUUCUAUUCGUCUCUCCCCCCACCCCCUGGCUAGAACCUCAUUCCCAUGCCUCGCUAUGUCAGAAUCUCCUUCGGCCGACCAUUUCCUCCGAAGCACCAACCUACCACGCCGACACUAUGACACAGAUAGACUUCGAGAAACACUUCUUACCAUAUUCCGCAAACUACACCAACUAUGUCGAAAAUGCACGCGUCAGUCUGCUUGUGGAAGCUCUGUUGAGAUUGCUGUUCAGACACUCUGCGCUGAUUGUUAACAACAGUCUGAAGAAGAAGCUGGAUGAAGGUAUCAAAGCUAGAGAAGCAAAGGCCAAGUUUGGCACAAGGAAGUUGGUUGGCGUCAAAGAAGCCGAGGAGGAAAAGGCUGUGAAGAUGUUGGCGAAUAGUGCGAUGAGGAUGAAGAUGGUGGUUCAGGUUGCUGAUGCUCAGCAGCAG